AUGGGCGGCCACAUGCGAUUGUGGCACCCCAAGUGGUUCUCGCGCUACCUCUGGGGCUUCGUCGGCUCAGCGCAGCUGAUGGGCUUCGCCGCCGACCAGAGCUACGGCAUCAACCGCGCGAAAAACCCCGAGGUGCUCUGGCCGUGGUGGCACGAGAUCAUGCGGAAGAAGGAGAACGGCGAGAUCCCCAUGGACAUGCCGGGGUACAUGCUCACCAAGUACCGCAACGAGUCAGAGCAGCGAUGGAGCGCCGAGAAGGAGGAGAAGUUCGGCGAGUUCAUGAACGCUAUGAGCGCGGAGGAGGAGUGA